CACUUGUCACGACCACGACCUCACCUGCACCACAACCUUUACUGCUGCACCAUGUUUCCUUUGCUAGGGACAAUAUUUUACGUCGGCCUUCUCCUAGUAAACGCAAUGGCAGUUCUCAGCGAAGACAGGUUUUUAGCGAGAAUCGGUUGGUCGUCUUCCAAACCUCAGAACACUGCUUUCAACCAGUAUGACCAAAAUGGCUACGGCGCGCCUCUAGGGGAAGUAGGGAUGAAGGCAAAGUUGAUAGACCUGAUAAGCGCCGUACGGACACUCAUGCGCAUACCUUUAAUCGCGUUCAACAUCAUCGUCAUUGUGUAUGAAUUGGUACUAGGUGGAUAAUGCAACACUACCCUUCAGGACCAUGUACUUGUAUACCAUUGGAACUAUUGGCUCAUCAUUUCAGACUGAGCACGACAACAGCGUAUUACUGCCAAGUACUCCCACUACAUAAAUUCUAACGCACCGCACACGAUUCCUUACUAAAUCCCAGUAUGAAAGCAACUCGCA